AUGGAGACUGAGACAAUUGACCAACUGGAGAAGGGUGGUGGUGCUCUUCGCACCAUCAAGGAUUUGGCCGCGGGCGCAGCUGGUGGAAUAGCCCAGGUUCUCCUCGGUCAACCGUUCGACAUUGUCAAGGUUCGCCUGCAAACCACCACUCAAUACAAGAGUGCGCUGGACGCAGCAACCCAGAUCUUUAAGACUGAAGGCCCCGCGGCCUUCUACAAGGGAACCCUGACCCCACUUAUUGGUAUCGGUGCCUGUGUAUCUGUCCAAUUCGGCGCAUACCACGAAGCGCGCCGCCGCUUGGAAGAGCUGAACCAGAAGAAAUAUGCCGUCAAGGACCUGUCUUACGCCCAGUACUACAUGGCCGGUUCAUUUGCUGGUUUGACCAACUCCGUACUCUCGGGCCCAAUCGAGCACGUCCGUAUUCGUCUGCAGGCCCAGCCUCACGGCGCCGGUCGCCUGUACUCUGGCCCCAUUGACUGUGUGAGCAAGCUUGCCGCACAGGGCGGUGCUCUCCGCGGCAUUUACCGCGGUCAGGCUGUUACUCUUCUCCGUGAGGCCCAAGCUUACGGUACUUGGUUCAUGGCGUUCGAGUUCAUGAUGAACCAGGAUGCUAAGUUCAACGGUAUCAAGCGUGAGGAUUUAAGUACCACCAAGGUUGCCAUUUACGGUGGUCUUGCUGGUGAGGCCCUUUGGCUUUCCAGUUACCCCUUGGAUGUUGUCAAGAGUAAGAUGCAGACCGAUGGAUUCGGUGCGAACCAAAAGUACAACAGCAUGCGUGAUUGCUUCAAGAAGACCUACGCCAUUGAGGGUCUCGGUGGCUUCUGGAAGGGUAUCGCCCCUACCCUGCUGAGAGCUUUGCCUGUCUCUGCUGGAACAUUCCUGACUGUCGAGCUCGCCAUGCAGGCUCUCGGUUGA